AUGCAGACUGCUCCUACAAACAUUUGUGAAAGAAUGGAUCACUCUCAGGAGCUCAGUGAAUUCAAGCGUGGUACCGUGAUAGGUUGUCACCUGUGCAAUAAGUCCAUAAUAAGUGAAAUUUCCUUGCUACUAAAUAUUUCACAGUCAACUGUUAGUGGUAUUAUAACAAUGUGGAAGCAACUGGGAACAACAGCAACUCAGCAAUGAAGUGCGGGGUCAGUGCAUGUUGAACCACACGGUGCACAGAAGUCACCAACUGUCUGCAGAGUCAAUAGAUAAAGACCUCUAAACUUUGUCUGGCCUUUAAAUUAGCACAGUGCGUAGAGAGCUUCAUGGAAUGGGUUUCCAUGG